AUGGUGGAGUCCUUCUCGAACCAGCUGUGGCUCAAAGUCAAGCGACAGGCCGAGGAAAAGAAGAAGAGAGGCAAAUCUUUUAUGCAAGGGGCUAGGAAAGACUCCGGUAACGUUGAUACAAGGGAGAAAGAGGAAGCAGAUCGAGGAUCAAAAAAUGAAGAAAAAAUUGCACUGGUUGAGGUCGGAGAUUCUGCUUUACAAUCAUUCGGCGACAAAUCCAAAGGAAGGAGAAAACUGCAAACUUCUCUCAGCAAAAUUGCGCCUUCAACGAGGUCCGAUCACGAUGAAAGAUGUCUCACACCGGACUGUAGCGCCACACAGUCGGAGAGCAAGGAAGCUAGGUUGAAACGUGUGCUCGAUGCCGUCGACUUGGACACGGACUUUUCAGCACGCAUGGCUAAGGUGACUCGAAUUGCUAUGCCUGCGGGGCAAACACAGACAGAGGUUAUCUGUGCUAGUUCUGAAGACAAACUUGGAUUUGAAGAAUCCAUACAUGCACGGCCAAAACUCGGAGGGACGCUAAAACUCAGUUGUGAGCAAAAAAGGCAAAUGUAUGCUGUCGAACGAAGGGCUUCACAAGGACCAAAGAAACAAGACCCAGCAGCUACAAAUUGUUCACAGCUCAAAAAACUCGAGUUGAAGCAAAAGCCUCGUUUAUGCCCAGAAGUGUCGGCGAAUCUGGAUGUAAUAUCUCAAACUGGACCUCAAGCUUUCCAACCUUUAGUCAACAUUUCCUCAAUACUCAUAGCAGAAGAGAAAAUACCAGAAAAUGGAGAUACCGAGGACAAGGACUUGACUGUCAACAAUUUAGCUCCACAUACGGCAAAGUCACCUGAAGUUUUCGAGACUGGAAGUACUGUUGUGAAUGCUGAGAAUCGAGACCCUUCAAACAAUGACCACUAUGAAAGUGUCAUUACUGAGAUCGAAUGUUCAGAAAGAACGAAUUUUGUUUCCAGAGAAGCGACCAUCCAUCCCGCAGCAGAAAUCUCUGUGAACUCUUCUGAUAUUCCAACACCAAUUGGGUCUUCAGAAUGGCUUGAAAAUGAUGACGACGAUGAUGACAAUGCUUUUAAUGACGCAACUUCUACAAUUUCUGAUGGCCAUUGGCCUCGCGGAAUGGAGAAAAAUCCGUUCAGUGGAAUCGUAGAGGAAAACCAAGGGCGACAAAUCGGAGACCGAAGCCCAACUCUUAUCAUAACAGAUUCGUCGGCGCAUCUAAUGGACACAGAACUGGACGAUUUCUUUAGCAAUAGUCCGGUUAUAGCUGCUGAUGACAUAUCAGCGAGAUAUAUCUUAGACACCGUUGCCUCUCCCAUCACACUGGGACGAACGUCAUUGACCCGGCAUAGCGCUGCUCAAGAGUCCGCUGCAACUCAAGUCGAUGCUGUCAAUUCCGUCGGAGAUUCCCCUAGAAAGAGGCAAGCAAUCACAGACGAUAACUGGCAAGACUCAGUGGCAGAAGCAUGUACGCAAUCUGACAGCGAGGCUUGCCCUAUGCCCACCAACAUUGCGAACCGCAGUCUUGAGAAUCCGGCUCUCUUUGAUUCGGUAGCAGCUUUAGAUUCCAACCAGCCCGCUAAAGCUGUGUCGACUCAUCUGGCUUCGAGAAAAUUUUCGACACGACCACAGACAGCACUUCAAAACAACUUGUCGGGUCCGGUGGAAAAUUCCACGAGUAAUGCCGUACCGCGAGUCACCAAAAUAACAAAAAAUACAGCGGAAAGGCCAGAAUUGCCUCCUCUCAGUACCGGUAGCUCUGAUUUCAGCAUCAAUGGCCAGCCGAAGAUGUGUACAAGUGUUUUGGCAAAAGAACAGAAGCAUAUAGAAAAUUUUGGAGCUAUUGAGUCUUCAGAAUCACAAUCCACGAAGCUAGACAAGCAGUUCAAUAAUCCUGAGGCAGAAGGAAAGCGUUCUAUAUCAUAUGAAAGCCAAACGCUCCCGCCACUAUGUAAACUCAGGAAACUAAGGUCAUCUCAUCCAGCUUGGGCCAUUGUUAAAAGCUACUUAGAACGGGGAAUCACAGAGCCAAAACACCUUCAAUUUCUGACCUCCAAUCAAGAAGAGUUGACAGAGAUUCUCGAGAUCAAAGAACAGAAGGAAGGAAAGAGGAAAAAGAACAAGUGUGUCAGUACAGAACAGAAUGUGCACGCGGCAGCUAACCCACGGAGCCUUUAUUCAAACGAAAUGGCGACAGAAACUGCUCUCGCAGAAUCUCAGACCAACUCCAAAUCUUCGAAAAGAGACGACAAUGGUAGACUUCAAGGCAAACAGACGUGCUCUAGAGCGUUUCAGUCAAGUCGUUCCAAUGAUGUAGACGUUGGCACUGGGGCUGCGAACGACAUUUCGAGCAUAGAAAACGACAGCGCGGAGUACGAAUCGCUGGGAGGCCGUGUUCCACAUCCAAUUGCUCAUGAGACGUCUGGUUUUAGCGGAUGGUCUUCUUUCGCCGAGCCUGUCAGAUCCAGAGCGAACUGUCUAGCAUCAGGAACUAGUCCAUCUUCGCCACAGCGUAAUCGACGAGUUUGUGGGACAAAGAGAACAAAAAGUAAAGCUACCAGGAAAGAUUUGAAACCUUCGAACGCUCGAGAAAACUACGGGGAAGAAGCGUUCAGUGAAGCUGAAGCCGUGAACUCCAGGAGCCUCGAGGUGUCACCAAUCACAGGCUCAAGGGAGAUGCACUUUGUUUACUCUGUCAAGCGGAAGCAAUGGAGCGUGGAAGAAGACGAAAGUGACGCAGACUGGUUUUCUGUACAAGAGCCUGCGUAUUACUCGAUCGAUCUGGCAAAUGAUGCCGCCAUGAAGGAGACCCGGCAUGUUCGUCAUGGCAUGUCUCUCAGAUGGUCGUCAGAUGAGCAAGGAGAGUUUAAGUACGAAAGCGGAAUGUUACAGUGGUUCAUUCGCGUACCACAAGGCUUCAUCCGAAUCAAAGUCGAGCGGACCAUGAGAUUUAACGAGCUCGGCACAAGCCCAGGUCAUACAGCUGGAUGGCUCAGCACCCGAGUAUGGUGGAUCAAGAAGAAAACCUGGGUAUCCCGUCCGCGAGAUGCUCAGCCGUCGGCGUUGCCCGCAGCAAAUGCAUCCAGUGACGAGGACGAUCUUGGAUCACUCUUUAAGGAACCGGUCGAAGAGAAAAAGGACCAGGACGGGGAAGAGAAUGGCGACGAGGAAGAGGAUGAAGAGGAGCGAUGCAGCCUCAUCUCGGAAUCAGAGGAACAACACCCGGACGGCGUCUGGACCGUUCAAGACCACGCCAACAGAGUAGCCGGUCGGUGGAUGCUCGACGCCCUGUUCGACCCCAAGUCCGCACGAAUCGAUGUCGUCAACGGCCGCUUCGAGAGGGGUAGAGAGAUAGAGCGAUGGUGCGACGAGCUAGAGCGCGAGGGCGCGAACCUUGAGGCGAGCGCCGUCCUCAACGGCGGUGCGAGGAAGGUGUCCAUCUGGGUAGCGGAAACGAGGGUGAACGGGCCGCGGAACGUGUGA